UAUUUGUUUAUGAAAUACAUAAUCCUCUGAAGCGUACAUUUGAACAGUGAGGUGAGAACACGUGGAGCUUUGUUAUAUAAGCUGGCAAGGAACUCGGUAGGACAGAAGCUCCAACGGUGUGGAUCGCUGAACUAUCAAGUCUAGACACCUGCAAGUCGCCAUGUUUGCUGUCGCCCUCGUCAUCCUGUUUCUACACGGAACCGGAGCAACAGAGUAUGCCCAAGGAUCCGUGACGGCCGGUGAUGAAGUUGUCCCCAUGGACAUCGAACUGCACGACAAGAGUAUGAUAACCUACCCAGGAACUCCUGAUCCUCCUCAAGACUGCUACAAAAAGUCGAUCAACUACCACGACUUUACAAAGGGCUUGGUGGCUAUGAAGAUCGAGAAAAAGAACACGUGUUUUGUCAAACCAUCUGACGAGACAUACGAAGACAUAAAGAAGGUCGUAGAUCGUAUCAAAAAGGGAGAAACAGCACCAAAGGCUCAAGCUACGGAGGAAUGGAUCGUCCCCGAUACACCGUUACCUUCUGGCGAAGUUGAGGAGAAAGUGGGAAAAAGGAUCGCUAACUUCUGUAACGGUUGCAAAGUGCAUGUCCUCAGGGAUGGCAAAGUCGUUCGGGCUGCUGAAGAUGUGCCCAGAUUAACUAGGCAGGGAAAAGCUGUCAAGAGGCUGUCAAAGAGUAAGAGAUGGGGCUCGUGGUGCGUGUUCUGCUGGGGAUGUAAAGCUCGAGGAAAAUAAUGAAUUAUAUCUGACGACGAAAUACAUGUGCACUGCAAACUGAA